CCUCAGAGCCUGCAGCACUGGUAACACGUGGGACUGUUUUUUGUGCUCACAGUCCGGAUUAGUAGACUACAGAUGAUGGCCAAAGUUUGAUUUGUAGAGAUAAAGAGCAAACGGAUCAGCCAUGAGGGACAGACUGAGCCACCUGCAGUCACUGUCCGGCGGCCCUGUGGAGCCAGUGGAGAAUGCAGACUCCACUCUCUCCAAGUCCCUCAGCAAAGUCGACCUGGACAACAGCCCUGCUCUGGCAGAAAUCUUUUCCCAGGCAGAAGGGAUCCAUAAAGACAUCCAGCUCAUCCGCUUGGAGGUUAAAAGGCUUCGUGAGCAGAGCUCCUGCAUGUUCCAUGGCACCUCCACUAUUAAAAGGGACUCUAUUGGAGCUGACAUAAAGACGCGGGCUGAGAAUGUUCUAGCACGCCUGCGUGACAUGGAUGGCAUGGCGUGCAAGCUAGAAGAAAAACAUGGUGCCAAUUCUGCUGUGACGCGUAUCGCCAGAACCCAGUACGCCUGCCUCAGUAAUGGCUUUCGCGAUGCGAUGUUUGACUACAAUGAGGCCGAGAUGAGCCACCGGGAAAGCUGUAAAGCCCAGAUCCAGAGGCAAAUGGAGAUAGUUGGGUGUGAGGUGACGGGAGAGGAGGUGGAGGAGAUGAUUGAGAAAGGUCAGUGGAACAUCUUCAGCAAUAACGUGGUGACUGAAGGCAGAACGGCGCGUUCAGCUCUCUUCCAGGUUGAGAAACGUCACCAGGAGCUGCUGGACCUGGAGAGCCGCAUCAAGGGCAUCCAUGAGAUAUUCCUGGACAUCGCCGUGCUGGUAGAGGAGCAGGGCAACAUGCUGGACUCCAUCCAGACCAACGUUCAGAAAACCGAUGAGGGCGUGCAGGAUGCUCUCUUUAAAAUUGGCAGGGCCAAACGCCAUGACCGCAACAACCCAUUCAAAAGAAUAUUUAAAAAGACAUAGCAGCUGAAGACACUUUUUGGUUUUUAAGCUGGCUCAGUCUCAUCAUGUGAGGGAUUUGCUAUUAAAGCUAAUUUUGACUCCUCCCACAUUCACAAAGUGUCGCCACAGCAGAUGCUUGAUUUGGCUAAUUUUUUUUCAAUGUUUUGUUUUGUUUUUUAAAAAUGUCGGAUACUCUUCCUGUCGCAGCCCCAAGGGGAUUUGUCUACUUUGUGUCUGAUGUUUUUUUUUGUUGUUGUUUUUUAAACUGUGACUUUGAGAAACAUUUUUUUCCAGUUUCAGAAAAGAAAUAAAACUCAGUAAAAUGUCUGCUGUAGCUGAAGAAAGGCUGAAUUAUUCUUCAAUUAUUUGUAGUCUGACUGAACUGUUAAACUUCUUUGGCUGGUUUUCAGAAGCCGUUCAUCCAGACCCCUGAAAGGGUGGCAAUAAUACAGCAUUUUAACAGAGAUUUAAUUUUAUAUAGGUUAUGCAGGGAUUACACUACUUAUGCACUAAUCUGUUUUACUGUCUUUUAAUUACUUUUUUAAUAUU